GCCGCAGCGCCAAAAUUUCCUGGCCAAGCAUCCUAGUUCCCCCGGCAAAUUCCGGCUCGGUGCCUAGGCCGAAAAACCUUGGCUCUCUCUAAUUAUCACUAGGCCAUUUUCAACCACCACGCAGCGCCGAUCUCUUACGGGCUCGAGCUGCUCCCCCGAGGGAAAAAAAAACCGACAGGCCGACUUCUCCGGCUUCAGAUUGCCCGCAACACUACGACGGCCCCGAGGGCCCAUUAAAAUCUAGACAUGAGCCGAUUCUCGACGAGUCGCCUCGCGGCGCGGGGCCUGUUCCAGAGCAUCCAGUGUCAGCCGCAGUGCACGGCAGCCAGCAGCGCGCCCCAAUGGAACCGCGCCUUUUCACAGUCGAGAGCCGCGCUCAUAGAUAUACCACCAAAGACGAAGCCGCACAACCCGAUGGAGCUGCUUGCUCGGAGCGUCCUGGGCAAGGCUACUACGGGCGCAGGCGAUGCAAGUCUGAAUGACGGGCAGCUCAACGCAAACAGCCUCGCCCAGGACUUGAAUCUGUCGCCGGACAUGACCGGCGAGGAGCCCUACCACUUCCACAUCUACAGCCACAGGCACAACACACACGUCACAGUGUCGAAGCCGAACCGGGACGCCAUCAUAUCGCUCUCGUGCGGCAACCUGGGGUUCAAGAAGUCGCAGCGCAAGCACUACGACUCGGCGUACCAGCUGGGAGCGUACGUGAUCAACAAGAUGCACGAGCAGAACCUGGUCAACAAGAUCCACGCACUCGAAGUUAUCCUGCGUGGAUUCGGCCAGGGCAGAGAAGCCGUGUCCAAGGUGUUGAUGGGGGCCGAGGGUACGCAGCUGCGCCCCAAGAUUGUGCGUGUGUCGGAUAACACGCGGCUCAAGUUUGGUGGUACGAGGAGUAAGAAGCCUAGGAGACUGGGUUAAGGCGGUGGUGGUGGGUGGACCGGCUGGGGACGGGGACGUGAGCGGAGAGGGACGGACGGAGAGGGAGUCACAAAUGUGGCCAUGUACAAUACUGAUACAUGUCCUGUGUAUAUAUUCCUAGAUGUGUAUUAGACUAGUUCUACUGCAAGUCCUUGGUGUUGGGCGAGAUAUUGACUGUUCAACACCCGACAAUUUACUCCUUACCUAACCUGGAAAUAUUUACGAG